AUGUCGUCAUCGUCGUCGUCGUCGUCGUCGUCGCGUCCCUGUACGCCUGAGCUUUCCGAAUCAGAGACCUACUUUGAUGCGAUAUGUGAUGCCUCACAUAACUACCCUUACAACUUCGCAUGCAGUACGCGCGGUAAAAAGGCACGCCAAGGUGUUGCCGAGACUUGGGAUCGAGAGUCGUUACAUGUUUUUCAUCCAAGACUAAGUGAUCCUCCUUUGAAGAUCUACGAGACAUGCGAUUGCGCUACGCCAUGCAACUGCCAGUCUCUUGAUGCCAAUGUCAAGUCUCUGCAGGAACUCAGGUUAAAUCCUAACAUUCACAGUUCUAUUCAAUCAAAGCAUUCUAAAGAACAGCUGAGAUGUCCAACCAAUACGUUCAAAUAUCUUUGCACAUAUCAACAGAUCCCACCAUCAUUCCUCACAUGUCUAUACUCUUUCAGACGCUCACUGUCGGCUCAUGAAUGGUGCAACCUGCCCCAAUUCAACGACGACAACACCCUCCUCUCCAAAGAAAAGCACAUCUUACCCCUUCCAGGACUCAACCGCUCCGGUCGGGAAAUAAGAUAUUCAUUUGUUUUGAGAUCAGUCGAAAGUUCGGAAUCCAUUACAACAAAACCCAAAUCCUGGGGUAUCCGGCAGCUUGCAGUGUAUCACUCAUUCGAUGUCGUGAGUGGUCAAGCGUUCUGGGUAACGUGUAAGGGAAACUCUCUUAACGAAGAGCUCUUCAAAGAAGCCUUGAGUGACACCAGGAAUGAGCUAGACUCGGUCCCUGAGUGUUUUAACUUCUCGCUGGAGACUCUGGGUAUGAUUCUUGACUGGUGUGACAGCAAUUGGAUCUUUUACAUCAACGAACUCCUCCAGAAUGUCAAGCCACAAGUCGACAAGGCGAGGACACCUGGUAUCCACGACGAAGCCAGACUUAGCUCUGACGUGAGACACGCCACCGGCCUGAGCAGCACUCCCUCCGAGAAAUCGCCCGGCUGUGCAGCCGUGCUGUUGCACGAUGGCAAACAUCGAGUCUAUCACGACGACCGGGCAAAGAAGUUCGAAGACCGUUUGAAAAAGCUUGAAGACGAAGACUGGGUGAAGAAGCUUCAGGGUUUCUCUUUUGAUGAUGUCGAGGGACUUCAGCAGGGGCUGGAGAAAAUACAGGAGGCACUUCUUGUGCUCAAGCUUAACAAACAAGUCGUACGACAAAUUAGAGAACAUUACGAAUGUGUUAUGAACGAGUACACGAUACCAGUUCUUGAGAGUAUCCAAGCGGAGUGCAGGUUUUCGGGUGUCGAGCUGUUUCAGCGGGCAAAGGGCGUCGAAGCCAAUCUUGAGGCCAGACAGGCACAGCUCGAGGCACUGUUCUUACUCGUCAAAGAAAGCAAGGAAAUGUAUAAGACACUACAAAUCAACAAACUCUACGCUGAAAGCGCUAAACUGUCCGCUCUUAAGAUGGAGGACAUUGCGUUCAAGACUAAGCGAGAGACAAGCUCGAUGCAUAUCAUCACGUUUGUCACUCUUAUUUUUCUGCCGGGAACAUUCAUGGCUUCCUUCUUUCAAAGUGGUAUACUCGAGUGGCCAUCCCUUAAUGCUGAUGAACCAUGGGAUCUAGGCGGGUCGUGGAAACUCAACACCAAGAUAUUUGGCCUUUUCUUUGGUAUUUCUGCGAGUAUUACACUUGUAACUGUCAUGCUGUGGAUGUUUGUUCUGUUCAUGUUGCGCCGGUCACUUAGAGAUUAG